AGCUCAGCGCUGUUCCUCAGAGGCUGGCGCACACCGCAGGAGCAAGAGCAGCUACCAGCGGCACCGAGUCAUUUCACACCCGCAAGAGACGCCUCGUGUGCGCUCCUGCUCGCUCCUGCGCUCCGCGGAAACACUCAGAGCGCCUUGUGUCGAAGGCAAGAGGAGCUUUGGAAGCGCACUUGUGCUAUGGAGGACCAGCUGCUGUGCUGUGAGGUGGACUCCAUCAGGAGAGCCUACCAGGACGGCAACCUGCUCAAUGACCGCGUUCUUCACACCAUGCUCAAGGCGGAGGAGAGCUACCUCCCGUCUCCAAACUACUUCAAGUGUGUUCAGAGGGAAAUUGUGCCUAAAAUGAGGAAAAUAGUUGCCACAUGGAUGUUAGAGGUGUGCGAGGAGCAGAAAUGUGAAGAGGAGGUUUUUCCACUGGCUAUGAAUUAUUUGGACCGAUUUUUAUCAGUGGAGGCCACAAGGAAAACCCGACUGCAGCUACUUGGAGCUACCUGUAUGUUUCUGGCCUCAAAGAUGAAGGAGACUGUACCCUUAACAGCAGAGAAACUGUGCAUCUACACAGACAAUUCUGUGCACCCCUCCGAACUGCUGCAAAUGGAGCUUCUGCUUCUCAACAAACUCAAGUGGGACCUGGCCUCAGUCACACCGCACGACUUCAUCGAGCAUUUCCUGUCUAAGCUGAAGAUCCACUUGUCCACCAAACAGGUCCUCCGCAAACAUGCUCAAACCUUUGUGGCCCUCUGUGCUACAGAUGUGAACUUCAUCGCUAGCCCUCCCUCGAUGGUUGCUGCUGGCAGUGUGGCGGCUGCAGUCCAAGGCCUGUACCUAAAGAGCCAGGACGCCUCCUUAUCUUCUCAGAACCUCACCAACUUCCUGUCACAAGUCAUCCGUAGCGACCCGGACUGUCUGCGCUCAUGUCAAGAGCAGAUAGAGUCUCUAUUGGAGUCCAGUUUGCGACAGGCGCAGCAGCAGCACCACCACAGCUGCACGGAGAGUAAACGUGUGGAUGGAGACGUGGACCUGUCUUGCACCCCCACAGAUGUACGGGAUGUAAACAUCUAAGGACCUUGCUCAUACAAGAGACAGAUGUAUGGACAUGUGAGGACACAGCUCACACAGAGACAGAUCUAUGAUCUAAAGACACAGUGAGGACUGGGACAGGGCUGCGGGCCGGGACCCCCCAAGUCAUUUCUGUUAAUGUCCCACCCCUACAAGGGAACGCAACACUGAGGGCUGGAGCGCAAGCCACGCAAAGAGACUUUCAAUACUCUUCCCUCAAAUAUUAAACUAGGAAUCUUCAAAUUACCACAGACUUGCCUACUAAUCAUCCCAAAGUGUAAUGUAGGUCUUAGCCUGUCUUCAGGGUGUACCCUGAAAUAUAAUUAUUAUUAAAGACAGAGGCUUUUUGUUUUGUCUUUUAUACUACUAUAAUACGUUUUAGACUUGUCCAUGCUCCUGUUUGUCAUGUCGCAGGCAUCUGUAUACCCCCAGCUUGCUUACAUUUAGUCACUUUAUAUAUUCAUUUAGGUCUUUUAUCAAUUAGUCUUAUACCUCUUCUUUUCCAAGCAUUUGUUUUUAAGUAGUUCUGAGUUGCGCUGUUUAUGAUAGCUGCUUUGGGAUGCUGAUGUAAUGGCUAGGACAAAAGAGCUUUUUUUGUCCACUCAUUUGCUUUACUGAUUGCUUGACCCGUCGCACAUAGCAUAGCAAUCCAGUGUGCAUUCUUUCUCUUACUAGAUCUAUCUAAAACCAUUCAAACUUUUAUUCUUAAAAAAGCACUUUUAGUCAGCAUGGCUGACUCAACAAAAAAAAAUAAAAAAUCACAGUAAGUUUGGAAUGGGGAUGAAAGAGGAGAAGUCAGAGUAAUGGGUGGAUGGGGACAUCACAUGACCAGUAAGGAGAAUUAUUGGGAACUUGUCAUAGCUACCAUCACUAAACGUAUCUGGUUUGGUUCAAUCAGCACAAUACUGUGGUAAAAGUCAAAGGAAAUAUUAUUCUUAGGGUAAAAGAAAAGAGAAAGUAUUUAUUUUUUUAGUUUACUUUUGUAGUUUGCAUAAUGAAAUGUGCUGAUAUAACCAAACCUUUGCCAUGAAAUCCCAGUUUAAACUUCAGUGCCCUACCUGACCUCGUACUGCUCAAGGAUUUUGAGAGGGGGUUUCAUCCCCGUACAAGAUGUAAAAGAAGAGGGGGUGGGGAGUAGACUUUAGACACGAUUUUGCACAAAACUUGUAAACGUGGGCUGUGUAUCUGAGGAGACUUCCCUAACAAGAACAGUAGGGCUCACUUUCAAUCACUGUGGACGUGCGGGGCUGAGUGUAGGACCUUGGUGUAGGUGUAGGCUUUGUGUGUGGAUGUGGGUGAGACAGUAGGAGACAAACACUCCUUUUUUCCGCUGCUAUAUAAACCCCAGCUACGUUUUCAGAUAAAAAUAGAAACAUGAAAUGAAAAAGACAAAACAAAUGAUUCCAGUGAUGCUUUUUCCUGAUGUUUGCUGCUAAUUUUUGGGUGUUUUGAUAUACAUAUAAAUGUCAAUAUCCUGCCAUUCUAGGAUUGAAUUUUCUCAUAGAAAAUUGUGUUAUUGACAUCCUCAUUGUUGUAAUGUAGAUUCUAUGUCAUCAGUUUGUUUUGUGUAUGAUGAAUGAUUCUCUGUACUAUUCCAAAAACAAGGACAAUGAGAGCGUCUUCAGUAAUGCUUGAUCCACGAUACCUCAUGUGACAGUCCAGAUCUCUGAUUGUGUUUGUUGAGUUGCUUGCUUGUUGGUUCGGUGCCUGUCGCUGUGUUACCAGCAGUUCCACGGCAUGCUUUGAACCUGGUGCCAUAACAGUAAAUGGGAUGUCUGUAACUCUGUUGAGUGUUAAGCUGUCUCGCUGAAAGAGACUUUAUCCACCCUCUGGGCCCAUAGUGGCCUUCCUUUCCCCCUUUUAUAUUUUUAUAUAUAUA